CGGGUUCCUUCCGCGGGACGGGUGAGGGCGCCGGGCCCCGGGUCGCGCGGGCUGCACGGGGGGCGACUGGUUAACUGGCCGCGCGAGAGCGCUGGGGUCGCCGUGGGACAGCGCCCCUGCCCCCACCCGUCCCUGUCCGUGAUCGUGACCGGGUCUCGAUCGCGGCGUCGAGUGGAGGGAUGGUGCUGCCCGCCUCGGGAACGCGUGUCCGGCUUCAGUGAGCGCGGGAGAAAGAGAGAGCGCGAACGAGAGAGGAUGUCUCUCUCAGACUGGCACCUGGCAGUGAGGCUGGCUGACCAGCCCCUGGCCCCCAAGUCUGUUCUCCGGUUGCCAGAGACAGAACUGGGGGAAUACUCGCUGGGGGGCUACAGUAUCUCCUUCCUGAAGCAGCUGAUUGCCGGCAAACUCCAGGAGUCUGUCCCGGACCCCGAGCUGAUCGAUUUGAUCUACUGUGGCCGGAAGCUGAAAGAUGACCAGACCCUUGACUUCUAUGGCAUCCAGCCUGGGUCCACCGUCCACGUCCUGCGCAAGUCCUGGCCUGAGCCUGAUCAGAAACCGGAGCCUGUGGACAAGGUGGCUGCCAUGAGGGAGUUCCGGGUGCUGCACACUGCCCUGCACAGCAGCUCGUCCUACAGGGAGGCGGUCUUCAAAAUGCUCAGCAAUAAGGAGUCUCUGGACCAGAUCAUCGUGGCCACCCCGGGCCUCAGCAGUGACCCCAUUGCUCUCGGGGUGCUCCAGGACAAAGACCUCUUCUCCGUCUUCGCCGAUCCCAACAUGCUCGACACGUUGGUGCCUGCUCACCCGGCCCUGGUCAACGCCAUCGUCCUGGUGCUGCACUCGGUGGCAGGCAGCACCCCGAUGCCGGGGGCUGAGUCCUCUGGCCGGAACCUGCCCUCCAGCUCGUACCGCGACGUGCCAGGUGGCUUCCUGUUUGACGGGCUCUCUGACGACGAGGACGACUUCCACUCAAGCUCCCGGCCCACGCCCUCCAGUAGUGCGUCCAGCUCCCGCCCAGCGUCCCUGGGCUACAGUGGGGCGGCCGGCCCCCGGCCCAUCACCCAGAGCGAGCUGGCCACUGCCCUGGCCCUGGCCAGCACCCCGGAGAGCAGCUCCCACACGCCAACUCCUGGCACCCAGGGCCACUCCUCAGGGACGUCCCCGCUGGCCUCGGGCGCGCAGCCCGGGACGCCCAUCACCAGCGACCUCUUCAGCCAGGCCCUGCAGCACGCCCUGCAGGCCUCCGGGCAGCCCAGCCCACAGAGCCAGUGGCAGCCCCAGCUGCAGCAGCUGCGUGACAUGGGCAUCCAGGACGACGAGCUGAGCCUGCGGGCCCUGCAGGCCACCGGGGGCGACAUCCAGGCGGCCCUGGAGCUCAUCUUCGCAGGGGGAGCCCCGUGAACGCCGCCCCCCUGAGCUCCCAGCAGGCUGCAGGGGUGGCCGCCGGCGCCCCUCCCCUCCCCAAUAUACCUGAUGGUCAGCUCUCCCA